AUGGCCAACGUUAUAGCCAACUCCGGCCACGAUGACAUGAUACAUGAUGCUGUUCUGGACUACUAUGGCCGACGAUUAGCGACUUGUUCUUCAGACAAGACAAUCAAGAUCUUCGAAGUUGAAGGCGACAAGCACACAUUGGUAGAGACGCUUAGAGGACACGAAGGUGCUGUAUGGAGUGUCGCAUGGGCACACCCCAAGUAUGGCAACAUCCUCGCCUCCUCCUCGUACGAUGGCAAGGUCCUCAUCUGGCGCGAGCAGUCCAACAGCUGGCAGAAGAUUUACGAGGUCGCUCUCCACACUGCCUCGGUCAACCUUGUUGCAUGGGCACCCCACGAGGCAGGCUGCCUACUCGCAUGUGCUUCCACCGACGGCAACGUCUCUGUACUCGAAUUCAAAGACAACAACUGGACACAUCAGCUUUUCCAGGCUCAUGGAAGUGGUGUCAAUAGCGUAUCAUGGGCUCCUGCUAUUGCGCCUGGACAAGCCGUCAGUGCGGGUGGCGCCCAAGUGGCUGCAAGGCGGCUAGUGACCGGUGGAAGUGACUGCCAGGUCAAGAUCUGGGAAUUCAGCCCCGACAGCGGCAGCUGGCAGAACCUGCAGAUACUCCCUGGUGGUCACCUGGAUUGGGUUCGCGACGUAGCCUGGUCACCCACGGUCCUAUCAAAGUCAUACAUUGCCUCUGCCUCUCAGGAUAAAACUGUCAUCAUCUGGACCUCUUCGGACUUGCGAGGCGAAUGGAAGCGCACUAAGCUGGAUGUUGAUGCCGCAGCCUGGCGCGUCAGUUGGAGCUUGAGUGGCAAUGCCUUGGCUGUGAGCACUGGCGACAACAGAGUCAGUCUCUGGAAGGAGCGGCUCAGUGGCGGAUGGGAAUGCGUCAAGACAAUUGAGGAGUAG